AUGACUCCCUUGUUUCCUCAUGCUCGGAGUCGGUACUUCUUUGUGUCUGAUACAGGAAAUCACCGCAUUUUGUUCCUGGAUGCCACAGACCACUCAAGUUUGAAGUACGUCGAGUCGUUUGGGGUGAUGGGUGAGGCCAGAAGUGACAGGACGGGCUUUCACUUUCCCGCGGGCAUUGCUGUCAUGGCACCAACAGUUGAGAGCUUCUUCGGACCUACGAUUGCGGCAGUGUUCGUGGCAGACCGUCACAACAACCGAAUCGUCAAACUUCGGCUGGCCUACAGGACGGACCCAAGUCAUCCAGCAUACAAGGGAGAGAUGCCAAGCCUUCUUUGGGGUGGGCAGUACUUCCGGGAUGUUACUGGAAUGAACUACAAUGAGAGUCUUCUGGAUCCUGUUGGUGUUUCCAUCUACAGGCACUUCAUCUUCGUGUGCGAGGCCGAAGGCAAUGCCAUCACGAUCCUAACGACAAACUAUGUGGCUCAUGAGGAGCUCAUCUAUGUCACGGAGCUCUAUCCCCCGCCGACGAUCCAGCUCACUGGUAGCUUUUCGACAACGGAGCAAGGCUACCUUUGGUUUGCGUAUGUCCGGCGCCCCUCGACACACGGGCUUGGAAGCAUCUACCUUCCGGAACCGAUUGUCGAGUCCCCGCCGGCCUCUUGGAUCGAGGAGUUCCGCACACAAUGCACCAAUGCCACCAUCUACAACACUUUCAUCAUGGCAAACUCCACGCUUUACGACGAGCACGUGCUUUACGUGCUGAAUGCUGCCCGCAUCAACUGGCGCUUUCCAUACAGGCCUGGUUUCCUGAGCAAGGACUCCUUCAACUUAACUGUGAUGUUCGAUCUGGUGCUUUGGAACGAGACUGUGUUGGAGGGUCAGAUGGAGUAUUGCCUCCCACCUCCACCUGCCACCACACCGCCCAUGCUGAGCGCCAAUGAAGAUGGCUGGAACACUCCGGGUGGCGGCAGCAUUCUUCUUACCGGGGGCUCGGCGCCUCAAGCCAUCGGUUGGACGGUGGUGACCAUCCUGAUUGGGCUCAUGCUGCUCGAGAACGUGUAG